AUGGCCGUGACCAUGGACGGCUUUGAUCCCCUCGCAAUGCCUUACUUGCACAGUCCAAUGCCGUUUACCGACGGAAACCUCCAGAAUCUGGAUUAUAUGAGUGUGCCGUCAGUGAUGGACUUGCAAGAUCAAUACUCCAACUUCGACUCUGAGCCCUAUAUGAGUGGUGACGAUAUGAAUUUUGCUCCAUCUUCGAGCAUGCAGCCUUCCGCUAUGCUAAAGCGCUUUUCGUCUGGUUAUGAUGAUCCAUUCGCAGAGAGCACAAUGUCACAGUUUGAUCAAGUGCCUCAAGAAGGGUUGCCCGAGAGUCCUUCUAUCGACCGGGACAGCAAGUACCUCAGCUUCUCCAUGCCGCAAUAUAACUUCACCCUAUUAGACGACUCGUUCCGGCGCUCUUCCGUCAACAUCAACGCCCAGCUACAUGGCAUGUUCUUUCUGGCGGAGUCUCAAUGGCCAGCCACACCCGACGCACCGCCCCCUCCUCCUGAACUCACCUGUUACCGACGAAAUCUCUUCCAAAUCACGGGCAACGUCACCCUUCCCAGAAAUCUUCGAUACGUCUUUACCGACGAUGGCUCCCGAAUACCGAUCUACGAACUUGAACUGUCCGUGUCGGCCACCGAAUCUGUAGAGGGUAACCCGGUCAAGAUCAUCUCUGUGCCCUGGAAGACACCCGCCAGCGGGGAAGCUCCCAAGCCCGAAGACAAAAUUGAAAAAGAACCGCCGACGAUUCCCUUGGAUAAGAUGUCCGGACAAGACAUCGACACUGACUUCACCACGUUUCCUAUCCAAUGGAAAAGACUGCAGUUCAGAAUAGCCACGGCCAACAACGGCCGUCGGAAAGAACUCCAGCAACAUUUUACCCUCCAUUUGAAGAUCCUCGCCUCUCUGUCCACGGGCAGCAAGAUCCCCAUUGCCGAAUCUCACUCUGGCGCCGUCAUCGUGCGUGGCCGAAGUCCUCGAAACUUUGCUGCUCGUAAAGAUCUACCGUUGAGCAGCAGCUCUACAGCGCGAAAGCACCUCCCCUCGGCUUCAAGAGCAGGAAACAGCCAGACUUCGGUCCCGCAAGUAACAUCUGCUCCCAAGAUCAGGACGCCUCCCAAUGACAUGCCACCUUCCUCCACCGUAGGCUACGACAACAAUACCAACACGGAUUUCAAGCCCACUCCCGACCUCGACACCGGAAACUGGUUGUCUCAAAUGGCUGCCUCGGAGCCCCUGCCCACGCCAUACUCUGUGUCCAUGAACCCACCUCUGGUUCCCACAUUUUCGCAUGACAGUACACCAGAACUGGGCACCCCGGGCGCGUUUCCAUUCACGUUUACUCCGGACAUGGGUGCUGGAAAUUCGGGUGCCAUGAGUCUACACUUUGGCAGCGACGACGAAGGCGGUAACGGCGGUAGUAGUCCAUACCAUCAUCAACCCGGUUCAAGACACUCUAGUCGCCCUCCAACGAGCAAUCCUAGCCCAUCACUCGUGAACAAGCCUGGAGCCGGGACAACUCCGCCGGCACAUCUCCAGCACCCACACCAUUCACACACGCGACAGCGAAUGCACGGUCAUCAAGUCAGUGUGACGAGUGUGCCGAACUCGUCGGCCCUACCUACCAGCAACACUCAUAUCAUGGGUCAGCAGCCGCAGCCGCAGCCGCAGCACCAGCAAUCCCUUCCUCACCAAGGGGGCGUACCAAGACCCGAUCUCGGUCUCACCAAGUCUCUCUCGUUCCACAAUGAAGGGGAAAGCGCGGAUCAAUUAUACGAAUACUUCCCCCUCGGUCUGGAUGACUGGAUGCCGCCUGUCGACGCCGUGUUUAGACCUCACGUGGUUCACCAUAGUGGUCCGUUACCGCCAGACCCCAGGAGCCCAGGACGACAUACGAGUAAAAGAUAUUUUUCGGAGGUAGUUUAG